AUGUAUUCCUAUAGCUGCUUGCUGCCCGAGGAGGGCCUCUGGCCUUCUCUGCAGCCCCUUGCCUACACCUACCUGCCCAGCCCUCUGCUGCUGCCCCCGAUCCAGGCCCACAACUUCUGCAGCAGACCCCCCGGCCUGAGCGCGGGCGAAUGGGCGACUCCGCGGGAGUACCACUGUUUCUAUGGCCCCAGCGCGCCCCUGCCCGUCGCGUCGCCCUACUGGGCUUUCCCACCGGCCUACGCCAUGGCUCCGAGCCCGCUAUUCCCCGCGACCGGCUACGCGGGGCCCGGGCCACCGCCCCCCGCGGCGAGGGAGGGCGAGGGCUCGGCGCCGUGGCCGGAGGGCGACAGCCUGCAGGCGGAGCUGCGCUGGGGCCGCGUGGAGCGCGCGCUGGACCCGCGCCACCCGCUGCCCGACUACGUGCGCCGGGAGCUGCGGCGCGCGUACGGCACGUACCCGCGCACCGACGUGCGCAUCACCUACCGCGGCGGCGAGUUCCUGCUGCAGGCCGCGCCGCGCCUCUCCUCCAGUGGACAGGCUGACACCCGCUUCUAG